AUGCCAGAUCAUCUUAAGCUGACCGGGUCAUCACCGUUAUCGUCCAUGGGCCACCUUGAGUUUCCAAUGGUUGUUCAGAGUGGCUGGCUACGUGCGUGCUGGAAGGCGAAGCAGCGGGACUCGAUGGCUGCUGCUCGGCAGGAGUCUGCAGAUACGGUUCCUGUGCCAGUGUCAAACAGAUCCGACUCGCAGGUAAUGGCGGAGUCGGCAAAGCACGCAGCCUCUUCUCGCAGAUCACGACAACGGACUGGCAAUUCCAAUAUUACGGCCACAAUCGUCUACAAGCGGCUCGGCUCUCUACCAGGGCGGCAAAUGGCGGUGGAGACAGGAGAGUACGAAGGCACAGAAUCGAUGGUUGGUCGACCGAUCGGUGCAGCAUGGGAGGAGUCCGACCCUUUUAUGGUUGACAAAAGCGGUGCCCAGCUGAGCCACGAGAAUCUGCUAGAUACAUCAACUGACCUGCUUUUUAGACGCAAGCGACAGCGCACAUUGCAACACCAGGAUCCGCUGCAACAUAGCGGGCAUGGGUACGCUUUUGGCGGCAGACAGGAGACAUCGUCGUAUAUGUCAUCUCCACUCAACUUUGAUCUGCAAUCACUCCACCAUUUGAGCCCAGAACCCAACCCGACGCAUGUCGCUGCGCAUAGCCUCCCUUUGGUAGCCCGUGCUCCAUCCCGGCCUGUCGAAACAGCCGCUCCUAGGGUUAACAACGACAGCGCCUCAGACAAGGCUGGUCUGGCUGAUCUCUUUGCACAUUGCAAGUUCACAUCCUUGGGGUUCUCAGCAAAUGACGUUGCGACACUGGAGAGGGUAGUGAAUGAGCAUGGCGGGUCAUACAUCAAUCUGCUCAGUUGCCUGCCUGAGCCGCUGAUCAGCCAGCAGGGAACCAAGGCGCUAAAAUCGGAGGCAUCGCUUCGAUCGGCACUGGGGGCGCUGGCUUGCUUCGCUGACGGCGAGGAUGUGGCCAAAAUCUAUGUUGUGGUGCAUCUUAGUGGGCUGCCUGAGGUACAUCUCUGCGAGUCGGUAUGCGAAAAUUACCCAUUUAUGGAUGUUGUCACGGAAUGCUGGAUCGAACAAUGCCUGCAAGAAAGUGUGCGCUACCCUGGCUUCAACGAAUUAGCAAACAGGCAGGGUGCCUAUACCGGUCUCAGCAAGGGCCAGUAUGUGCUAUUUCGUCCUGUUCGGGACCACGUAAUCGAAGAUGCUGGUGCCAUGCAGCUGAGCAUUAGUGGCUAUGAGGGGAUCGAGCGCGACCACAUUGGAAAGCUGGCGUCGGUUCUCAAGAUUCCGUUUAGCGAGCGGUUUACACGCCAGACAACGCACCUUAUCUGCCAUUCGCCGUUUAAGGGCCCGAAAUAUGACCGGGCAAUUAGAUGGGGCAUCCCGGUUGUCGAGUCAUCAUGGCUAUAUGAUAUUGCACUGCGCAGUUCACUAGACGGUGGCAGGGCUAGGGGCGUGGUCCCAGAUAAGAGCAGUAGCACAGCCAAGGCGCUGGUUGAUAUGGAGGUUGAUCAUCAAACGAGGACAGCUGCAGACCAAAAAAUGAUGCCGCCGCCAGCGCCAGUGGUUCGCAAGACGGUACAGAGCCCUGCGGCAACUAUCCUUACGACGCCAAACUCGAUUGGCAAGAGCAAGGCGCUGCUGAAGACGCCACUGAGCAAUAUAUCCCAGCGCGAAGUGUCUAAUGGUACGCCCGGAGUGACACCAAUGGAUGUUUCGCUCGAGCGCAACAUGCAGCAGGCGAUUGAUCGGCUAUCAAAGGGAGCUGGUGCUGCGCACAUAACGCCGACGCGCGCAUCUGGCACACUCAUGCCUUUCGAUUUACAGACGCUCGGUGAUCCCGGUGAUGGUGACAGGUCGCUGAAUCAUAUAUUGGACGGCGUGGUCAUCGCGUUGACAACACGUCUCUACCAUCGGCGCAACGAGCUGACCGGGAUUGCAACAGAGCUGGGCUGUCGUAUGCUACCGCGGUUCGAUCCUACCACGACCACACAUCUGGUCCACCAGUCGACACGAGAGAACGAGACGCUGCGGGACUACAAGACUGCAACGCAACAUGGCAUCAACGUUGUUUCCCCAUGGUGGCUGUAUGCAUGUCGUGAUAUGAGGGAGCGUGUGCGGGAGAGAGAAUACCCAUACAUUUACCAGCCUGAGCGGCGUUUGCGGCUGGUGGCUAUAUCUCCCGAGAAGACAGUACCGCCAGCGUCGGCGCCGAUGUCCAAGCCUAACAAUACCAGCGGGACUAGCAGCAGGGCAAGUAGCAGGGCAAGUAGCAAGGCGGGAAGGCUGGCAGAGCCAGUACCGGCAGCAGCAGGUAUGCUCGCAGGUAGCAAUGCUGGGCAAAGGAACUCGCGAGCUCAUGAUCAGACAUCACAAAACACAGCUGCUGUUGGCACUGUUCUACCUAGGCAUGCUGAGACAGGUGCCGCAUCAACACCACGGGUUCCAAUCCCACCUACUGGCACCAACACAGCAUCGAUUGGCAACCUAUUUGGCGAAAAGGUUGCACGGACACGCCGACGCUAUCGCCGGGCUGCCGGCGACCCAGCUGAUUCUGCCAGCGGAAUGUCACAUGUUGCCGGUGACGGCGAAAAAUCCGCAAGUGGUGCCAAGCGGGUGGCCGAGCCGCCCAGCUCAGAAGGCGCCGACGCACAAAGUCUUCUCAGAGACGGCCAGGCGACACGAUCCAGCUCGCUCCACGACGCAGCCGGCCCUGUUCCCGUCUCCUCAAGUGAGGUGGGCAGCAAGUGGUGGCGAAACACUGGGCAGCAGUCGGUCUCGCCAUACGGCACUGGGUUCCCGACUGAUCUGUACUCGCAGGAUUUCCAAUUUGGCGGUCCCGGCGGUGUGGAUAGGAGAAUCAGCAUGGGCGAUGUGGAGACCGGGGGAUCAAAGAGAUGGCACGCCUACCAAACAGCAGGACAGCACAUCUGA